AUGAAUUCAUCAUUGUUUGAACAACACAAGAAUCCUGCUGCGUCAUUAAUCGGUCAUCAAUAUCAACAGUCACCAUUCUUAAGAUCACAAGGUGGCGUAGUAAAUAAUGUCCGUGGAGUAAUUACUUCGGCGUCAUCAUCCUCGUCGUACAAAUAUGACCAACUAUACGACGUGGUAACUAACAGAUUCUUAUACUCGGAUGGAGAGGUUCCGUGGUGGUUGGAAAGAGAUUAUGACACUGCAUUUUCUGCCAUAAAAAGACCUGGUAUACCUAGCAUAUUUGAAAAAGAAGAUCAUCCCAUUGUGAUUGGUGAGAAGGGCAGCGAAUAG